UUUGGUUUUGAGUAAGGCUCGACAUCGGUUCAAUUGUUAAAUCUUGAUAGCGUUCGUUCACAAAUAAAUCAACAGAGUGCAAUGUGUUUAGCUGGCUUUUUGGCGGAACUUUUAUGCUGUAUUGCAGAGAGUGUGGAAGAGUUUGAGGAAGUUAAAAUUGUUGUCGAGGAAAUUGAACAAUUUGCUUCUGCUGUGGAUGAAGUGAAGAAAAUCUCAUCAAGCAACGAAGAUCUUUCAAACAGUGAUUGUCAUCAAUCUACUCAAUCCGACGCAAAAUCAAUGCUUGUGAAGAAUAUUGUAGGUGCUGCAAUUCAAGCAAAUCCAACGGUUAGUGCAAUAAAAAAUACGUUGGGCGCCAUAAAAGAUUAUCGAAAUGGUGAAGAAAUUUCAGACAUUGUCAAAGAACGGACUGUUCAAAUGGUUGAAGACCAAGUUCCAAGUGUCGUAUUAAAACAUGCAGAAGCCUAAUUGAAAAAUGGGAUCGAAAAAGUGACGGAGAAUUGAAGAAAAGCAUCAUGUUUUGUAUUAUAUUUAUUGGGAGCUAGUUUUUGAAAUUGUGGAGACUAUUUUAUUAGGCUAGGUGUUAGGAGUAAAAUUAUAAUGCAGAGAAAGAGAGAGAGCGCAAUGAUAUAGUAAAACGGAUGAAAUUAUUGAAUAACUAUGCUAUUCACAGUAUAUUUGAAAUUGUCUAAAAAGCAAGCAUUUUAUUUUUGGGCAUGACAUGAUGGAAAUAAUAUUUCCGAAAAAUAUAUACAUUCCAAAUGCAACCGGUCAGUGUUUUGUUUCUUUGCUUUUGUUUAUUUUCUACUUUUGAUUUCGUCAAUUUUUUCGAAUUGCAUUAAUUCAGCGACGGUAUGGAAAAUCACUCUCGUUCGUUCUAUAGUGACACGCUUCUCAUCAAUUUUGAGCGUUACUCAAGUGAAUAUUCCACAUUGAAUAGCACCAUUCCUUCAUCGAAAUUUGAUCUAUUUAAAAGAAAACCACAGACAAAAUUGUACAUGAAAUGCGUUUAACAAUAGAUGUUCCUUAGGUCGAGAACAAAUGAAUUUCUAAUUAAAAUUUAUUUUUGUAAUAUAUAUUCAUCGUCAUGCGCAAAUGCUUAAUUCAUUCAGUGCAUCCACAAAUGUUCGAAAUGACACUAAAAUCGCUGAUGCUGCAACCGACUCGACCAUAAAUGGUUACACAGCAUUUGGCACCAAUUGUAAUGCAUUUGCAUGAAUCAGUUUUUGUUUUUGGUGCAUCGCAAAUGUCAUACUUUGUGUAAUGGCUAAUCUUCAAUAACUAUAAUUAAAUAAUAAUUCACACUGCAAACGAUGAUGCAUCCAUGUCAGUCGAGCGAGAGAGAGAGAGAAUGAAUGCACAAAUUCAAUUCAUAAGGAAAACUAUAAGACUUUCAACGUGAUUCAAUUCGAGCGAGAG